UGACAAAGCCCAGUGGUGAAUGGAAGGGAAAAGGGUGUGUUAUAUGAUGUAUCUAGAUUCUAUCUAGUCUAAGUCUAGAUCUAUGUGUUUAGUCGGGUGGGAUUGUUUGGUCUGGAAGACAGGAUAGUAAAAUAUAUAGGUCUGUGAUAUACUUCUCGGAAGUAAACAAAGUAUCACUGCGCCGUCUAUCGAUAGACCAUAACAAGAAUUCCCUGCAGAUAUUUUAGGCAGUGAUCUGUGGGCCUGCCCUCUGCAAUGAAUGAUGACAAGCCCUUUGUCUGUCAUGUGGCAGAUUGUGGCAUGAGAUUUACCAAUGAAGACCAUUUAAAUGUUCACUCCAAGAAACAUGAGAUGUCCCUGGCCUUGAUAUCGAGUGGGCAGUCCAGCAAUUCUCCUGCUCAUCAUUUUUUAGAUCAGACGCCAACCCCGACCAAGUUCUUAAAAAACUGUGAGGAGAUAGGACUUUUUCAAGAACUUUCUUCCAACCCAUUUGACCAUGCUUACAAGAAAGCUCUUGAUAGUGAUCUACCGUUACCUGGACCACAAUCAGGGGAGCUCAACACACCAACACUAAUAUUAACUGACAUGCCCAAGAAUGUGAGCAGCAGCAGCCUAGCCUCCAUGCACCACGUUCUGGCAGAAAAGAACAAAAGUACAGAGCCUUUAAAACCAAGUCCCUUAACCAAAGCGCAGCCAGUUAGUAAGGUCAUGUUGGAUCUCACAGGGAAGAGUGUAAUGUCUGCCCAGCCGAAGUUGGCAGUUAAAAGAAAUUUUACAUCACAGGAUGCAGACAGUACAAGCGACAUGUCUCCCAUGCUGGACCAAGUGAUGGCAGUCUCUGAAGCUGUUUCUGUAAGACCCUCUGGAUCAAAUCUUCACACUCAGGCUAACUACAGCACCACACUUCCCAUACUGCCCAAGCAGGAGAGUGCGCUGCCCAUAUUGCCGAAACAAGAAAUGGUCAAAAGAGAAAUGGAGGAUGGCUAUGCCAAUCCAGGGGACCAACAACAAUGUACAAUGCAGGUCUUGCUUCAGCUCCCUACAGGAGAAACAGUACCUAUUAGUAUACCAGCCACAAUCAAUAAAUUACAAUAUUUUGGAACACAACAAGCAAUAUUGCAACAGAAUGUUGCCCAAGCCCCAAUCCUGAGCCAGGCUUCACCUAGAGCUGUAGCACCAACCUUGGGCUCUAGUCAGACUACAACCAUGGCAUUAAAACAGAAGUUAAAAGCUCAGCUCCAGAGCCAGCUCAGCCCGACCAGUAAGAAUGUGGUCGAGGUCAAUUCUGCCACAACAACUAGCACACCUGCCUAUGUGGCUACCAGUUCCAGCAAUCAAGGCCCUGUAUUGGUUGGGGACACAUCACCCAUAAUGAUGGUUGAUUCACCGGGGUCGGAGCUAAACUUCUCAGACUCCUCUGAUUAUUCUAUAGACAGCAAGCGGCAAAAAAUGAGUCCAGAAUCAGGGGAUCCUGAAGAAAGGCGAAGAAAAUUUUUAGAAAGGAACAGAGCUGCUGCGGCACGAUGUCGACAAAAAAGGAAACACUGGAUCAGUAAUUUAGAGAAAAAAGCUGACGAAUUGCAGAAUACAAAUUUAAGAUUACAGUGUGAAGUGAAGCUACUGAGAGGAGAAGUGGCCCAGCUGAAAACUUUAUUGUUAGCACACAAAGACUGUCCAGUCACACAGCAGCAGAAGUCACAGGGACAGUUGCAGCAUAUUAUUUUAACAGAAACUAGCCUGUCAUCGCAAGAUCUUGCGCAGGUGGUUCCAACCUCAGAUUUAAACCAGCAGGCUCUGCUUAAUCAGACCAUUGUGACAUUUUUACAAGACAAUAUGAUAGGUCAAGAUAACUCUGUAGGGAAUGAAUGAGGGCCAGACAUGCAGCCUUAUCCUCCCCCUCCCCCUCCCCCUCCCCCAUGCCUCCGACAGAUUGUGUUUCUUUGUUGAACUUGCAGUGAUUUUGUAGAAGCUUCUUUGUGAUUGGACGGUUGUUUGGCGUUCCCCACACCCUUGUCUGGUUGGGUGUUUUUAGUAAUGGGGCUGGUACCUAUUUAUCAUAAGUGGAGCGCCAUCUAACGUAGCUUCAAAAAAUGUUGAUGUAAACUUAGCAUUUGAAAAGCUUUUUUUUUUUGUUCUGGAUGUUAAAGUAUCAGUAAAGCUUGUGGACAUUAGAUUUUCUACAAUUAUUGUUUUUAAUUUGAAGCAACACUUAAUUAACUUAGUCCAGAGUCUUCUCUUAGUCAGACUUAUUUUCUAAUUUCUUUCCCCUAUUAAUACAAUCAUUGUUUUUUUAUUUGAAGCAUCACAUUGAUUCUUCUCAUAUUUUAUAGUUUAUUUCCCUUGUUUAUACAAAUAUUGUUUUUAAUGGAAGCAACACACAUUGAAUCUAAUUCCUGAUUCUUUUCUUGGUCAGACUUUUAUUUUCUUCCUUGUAUCCUAUUUUUGUUUAAAGAUGUUAGAAAAUCUUAGUAAGUGAUUUUAAAUAGAAAGAAAAUUAGGAUGAGUUUUGUUUGUUAAUCUUUGGCCAUCAAAAUGGUUGCAUGUUACACUGGUUUUUACAUUUAAAAAAAAAAUUGUGGCUUUUUUUUUUUUUUUUUCAUUGCUAUGUUAAUAUUGUUGGUUAAAGUAAAUUGUACAUGGAAUUUUAUUGCUCUGAUUUAUGUCAAAGUCCUUAACAUAAUGUAUAAACUAUAAAAGCUUAUAAACAUCUUUAUGCAUACAUAAAUAUAUUUCCAUGCUGCGGACUAUAGUCAGGUUUUAUGAGAGUUUAAAUAGCAUCAACAUGAUAUGCUGUAAACUAUACCAGGAAAAGUGGAAGGAUUUGGUUACACAAACUGUCACAGCAUCCCAAUGACGAGAGUCAUGGGACAGAUGAUGAUGAUUGUAAUUUGAUUUCACAUGCGCUGAUUUUUUUCCAUGAUUGAAAUUAAGAGCAAGUUUUCAGAUUUGCGUUUAAAGGAUGCAACAUUCAGUAUAUUCAAAAGAAAUCAGCUGUUCAUUUAGAAAUGGCCAUAGUGACCUAAAGUCAAUAUGAAGUGCUGUUGUUUUGAUGGAUAAUGCAGAUUGCAAAAAUAGUACUGACGAACAGAUCCUAUUUAACAUAUGGCAAUGGCCUAGGCUGACGACUCUGAUUUUUUUCAUUAAGAUAUGGGCUGCUUUUGAUUACUAGAAAAAGACAGCAGAUGUCAAAGUGACCACUGGAAUUAGACCAUUAUCAAUCACAUGAAAGGAAACACAAUGUAGAAAUAUCAUGCUUGAUAUUACUCUUGUGACUAGAAAUAAAUAAUUAAUUUCAACAAAAUGUGCGUGUUACAUUCGGCUGCUUGCUUUUUCAGACUACAUUCCAUCAUCUACUCUGAUUCAUUAAGAGUGUCCAAGAGUGUUUCCCCAGUCUUGAGAUGCCAGUUCUGCAAUAUCAUCAGAUAAUUUCCAUUGUCACCCUUUGUAUAUUUCUGUAAGCCACAAUAUUUCUAACAAUGGAUCUUGGGCUCACCAUUAUUGAUAUAUAUAACUAUUGAGAGCAGCAUUAGGGUACACAGUACAGUGUUGUGGAUGUCCUUGCUAAAACAUGAUUAUUGAAUCCUAAUUUAUUUCACUUUAAUGUCAAGGCUGUUUUAUUUCUUCAGUUGAAAGCUGUUGUGAAUGAUGUUAGUUUUUUUUUUCAGAGCUUUUUUUUUAAAGUUUUCUGGGUUUUUUAAGGUUUAGGAUUUUAUGUUUAGUUCAAGGCCUUGGGUAAUGAUUUUUCAUAUCAAUGUUUUCUAUGUUGAUCUUUCAAUUUACAUUUGAACAAGUAGUCUCUUAAUUCGGGUUUUUCUACGAAGCAUUUGUAUGUUUACUCUCUUUUUUGUCUAUUUGAAAUUGUAAAAAGAAAAUUAAUAACUGGGUCAUAGUUGCAUUGAAGUUUUUUGAGACCUAUUGGUAUGUAGUAAAAUUAUAGUUAAGUAAUUGUAUAAGGAAUUUUCAUAAUUUUGUGAUUUUCUUAUGCUGCACAGUAAUGUGUUUGUUUUUUUUAAACCUGUGAUUUUUGUUCUGUGUUUUUGUGCACUCAGUUAAUUUGAUUAUCUAGUUUAAUCACAUGCAAGAUAAAAAUCCAGUCUUUGAAUGAAUGUGUUGACAAAUUCAUCAGAACGAUUUGAACUCUGUACAGUUUGACUGUAAGUAGUGUUAAAAGUUUCACAGCGAACAUUCACCCCCCCCCCCCCAUUUUUAUAAUUAGACUUCAUUUCAUUUAUUAGCUUUGGAACGAAUACUUAUAAAAAAUGUAUCAGGUUCACUAGAUACUAGAUCAGCGGUUCUCAACCUUUUAAGCUCGGCGACCCCUUUUUACAAUCACCCUCUCCGCGACCCCACCCCCCUCCUCACACACACACACAUACAGCAAUAGAAGAAUAGACAAAAACAAUCCAUGUUUUCGAUGGUCUUGGGCGACCCCUGGCAAAUUCUCAAUUGACCCCCAAGGGGGGUCGCGACCCACAGGUUAAGAACCCCUGUAUUAGAUCCUUAUGCUAGCAACCUAUGGCACACAUACUAAUGUAUAUUUACAAUACUUUGUCUAAUAGGUAAAGCGUUGCUACUUUACUUCAUAAAUUGGUCUAGUGAUUUCUAGCAUUGUUGUGUGUAGGGCAAUUCUAGUUAUACACUAAAUUGUAAAGUGGCUAAUAAUUAACAUAAUUGGGUUUGGAAUAUUUGCUUUACAGUAUGAAUUGUAUAAAUGUUAAAAAAUAUUUUGUUGUUGUUAUUUUGUUUUUACAGUUUCAUAUGGCAGUAGUUGCAUUAUAUAUAAUAAUAAUAAUAAUAAUAAGGCUUGUCUUGGAGGUAGAAGAUUACUGAGGAAUGCAGUAUUUCCUGUGGAUAUGCAGCCCCAGCUGUGAUCUACAUAUUUUGCCACAUCAUAUAUAAUUUAUUUAAAGCUAAACCCUUUUUAUUAGUAAUCCUGUAACAGAGGUACCUACCUACCAGAAAAAGUUAAUAGUGGCUGUUUCAAAUUAUUUUAUUAUUUUUCAGCUGCUUGAGCUUUAUAAAGGUUGCAGUUGACAAUAACCUUAAACUUGCUAGAUCAAACUUUUAAGAGUUAAAAAAAUAUGCUUUAAUUGUCUCUCUUUCUCAGAAAUAGUAAUGUAAUAUAAUAAUAUAAUAACAAUAUAUGGUAAUAUUAAAGAAUGUAGUAUAAUAAUAUAAUAUCUAUAUUUUGGUAGUGCAUCUUGAUUAUAGUCUUAGCCAGCCCUGUUUUAUUUUAUGUACAGCUUUUGUUUUGUAUCUUACCACAAGGCACUUAGAAUAAUUUUUUUCUCUCUCAGAUUGUAUUUAUUACACAUCACAACUAUUAGCCUCUAUCAGCUUGUUAUUGCUACACAUGUUCAGUUCUUCUAUUAAUGUAAAUGAAUAUUUUAUUAGUUUGUGUUGCUCAUGAAUAUUAGUCUUUUGAUAUCAGGUACAUGUUAAAUAAUGUAAUUAACCCCCCUUUUUUUGGAUUUUGUAGAUAUGUAUGUUACUCCCCCCUCCACACCCCUGGCCUUUCCUAUAUUGAGAUCUAUGGUGCAGAUAAUGUAAAGGUUAUCUGUUUCUUUGGUCAAUGGUUAACAGUGGUGUCAUGUGGCCAGCACAACAAACAACUGCCUUUUAAUUUCCCCAACUAAUGUCUGGUACCCUUUAGAGUUGAGUAGAUCCUGGGGCCUAUAAGUCCUGACAUUUAAAAUUCCAACCUGAGACCCCUCAGUUUGGGAAACAAGUGCUCUACCACUCAGCCAUUAAGCCCCAUUAGAUAAGAACAAUGAAUUAAUGUAAGAUAUAUGGCCAUAAACAGUGCCAUUCCCUUUUUGAUUGGCCCAAUAGUUUGUUGAACUGGAACUAUAUUAUGAUAAGCAAUAUCUGCCUGGCUCUGUACACUUCAGAUCAAAAACUUUUUUGUUCAAACAAAAAACUCUUUUUCCUUUCAAUCUCGUGAAGUUUCAUACAUAUAUGGAAGAUAAUUAGGCUGAAGCAAAAAUUCAGUUUGGAAGG